AUGAGUGACCAGAGAGUAACCUACACAGAACUGAAUCGGGUUAAGGAUGCAAAGAGACAGCACAUAAAACCUGAGGGCACUAAAGGCUCCACUCCAGGAACUGAGCAGGAACUAACCUAUGCAGAUUUAAAUCUUCAAAAUGCUUCUCAGGAUCUUCGAGCGAGUGACAGGAAUGGCCAUUGCAGAGCAUCCCUGUCACCUCCAGAGAAGCUCAUUGCUGGGAUCCUAGGGUUCAUCUGCCUUGUCCUGAUGACCACUGUGGUAACAAGAGCUGUUAAUCAACUGAGCCAGGCAGAGAACAAGACAGGGAACCAGACAACGAGGAACAAGAAAGUAUACCAUUGUGGACCAUGCCCACCAGAGUGGUUAAUGUAUUCCAACAACUGCUAUUACAUCAGCACUGAAGGAAAAACAUGGAAUGAGAGUCUGAUGGCCUGCGCUUCUAAGAACUCUAACCUGCUCUAUAUAGAUAAUGAAGAAGAAAUGAAUUUUUUGAACAUUUUUGAAAUACAUCCAUGGACUGGACUGUCCCAGAGAAAUAAUACUAAUUCUUGGGUGUGGACAAUUGGCACAACUCUCUCUUCUGAACUAUUUGCAAAAACUUCAGAGUUGGACAAGAAUUGUGUAUAUUGGAAUUAUGACACACACAACUUCUAUUCUGAGUCCUGCGUAGAAAACAGAACAUAUAUUUCAGGCCCAGGCUGGAGAAGGUGAGCUCUGGCUGUGACUAGUCACAGGAACUUGCUGCAGGGUGAAUACCACAAGAACUUCCUGCAUGCAUGCAGAUGUCAGCCACAGCACUGGAGCCACAGGAGAGAAAAACAGCAUGAAAUCAGGAAGAGGAGUCCUUUCUCCCAGUGCCCUUCACUGACAAAACAUCAAGUGAGCUGAUUGGAGAAGAGGUUGUAGGAUCUGCUGCCAUUAUCUCAGAAGAGGCAAUAGGUAUAGGUAUGGAGCAGAGAGAACUAAAUAUCUAAUUGGCACACACUGUUACUAUGCAACAACCCCAAGGUUUCUAUAACAAAAGCCAUGUGACUACACUCUACUUCUUUGGACAACAGAACCAACACAAAUAUCUUCUGAAUCUAUUUAGUGUGUUAUUAUCUAUGAUUGUAGUGAUUUUUUGGUAGAGACUGGUAGUUUCAUUGGGCAAUAAUUAGUGUCCUUUGAUAUGUCUUAUAUAUCUGUUUAUUUUCUUCUACUGGAUUUUGGUUAUUUUUGAAGGUACCUUGUUUUAUUAAAUUGUUUGUCUUUCCCUUUAAACAUUCUUAAUUACUAUGCUUAGAAACCUACACUGAUAGAAAAAAAUACAAUGUUAAAAUUAAGAAUAUAACAAUUAAAAAGAUAAUAUGUCCAUGUGAAUUAAACAUUGGUUAUUGACAGAAUGUGGGAAGAAAUUUAUUAAUUUGGCAUCAUUAUGUGGUAGUUUAACUAUAAUUCAGUUACAAGUAGGAGAGAUCCUAUAUUUGUUUAUCAUGUGCAACAUGAAUUAAUAAUUUCUAUACAUUCAUCUGUUUAAAUAUAUCUUGUUUAUGGUCUCUGUAUUUCUUCCUUAUGUUCAUAUAUAUAAUAUGUGAUUAUUCAAAAUUAAUUACAAGUGAUAUGUGCAUUGAGUUGAUUCUAAUACCUGAUGUUGUGUUACAAACAACCCAGUUGUAUUGGCAUUUACAAACAAGCAUUAAUUUUACUCAGUUUUUCUCAGUCACACACCU